AUGACCCUGAUGUCCCAGUCUAGUAUGCUGCAGGGUCCACAGGUCCUGGGUCAUGACAAGCCUCUGAUCAGGCUAUCAUUCACCUCCUGUGUUGUGGGCACCGUCAGUCUGCCGCUGCUUGGCGUAAUUACCUGCAUCUUCAUCUCCUCCUUGUUCCAUUUCCAGGACUCCACUGAGACGCAUCGCAAGGUAAUGCAAAUACAUGGUCUGACUCUCUUUUUGUUUUUGUUUUAGGUUCCCAAUGAUCUACCUUCCAUUAGUGCCUCUAUAAGCCUGAGCCCAGAGUGCCAUAUCUGGCGCUUCUGCAUUGGCCUGCACUCUGCUCCGAGGUUCCUGAUGGCAGUGGCCUAUUUUAACUUCUAUAUAUAAAGGCCGCUUCUCCACAAGGUUCCUAGAGUGGCUGCUCAGCUGCCCCAAUUUUAUCUGUGCCAUCACUGAGAACUUUGGCCUCUUGCUGUUCACCUACGUGUCAUCCAAUGAGACAUACCAUGAGCAACCUUUUGACAAUUAGUCAGCUGAGAAUAAAUAGGCAUAAGGCCUACCCUACAGCAGUGCUUUCCCAACAAGGGGUACUAGGACCCCUGGGGGUACUUGGCCUAUUCACAGGCGGUACUUGAGAAGAUUCAUGAGACCAUAGGCCUAGUGGUAAAAUACACAUGAGGAGGUACUUCAGGGGUACUCUGGACAGAGCAACAUUCAGCUGGUGGUACAUUAAGCGAUAAAGGUUGGGAACCACUGCCCUGCGACAUACAGUGGGGGAAAAAAGUAUUUAGUCAGCCACCAAUUGUGCAAGUUCUCCCACUUAAAAAGAUGAGAGAGGCCUGUCAUUUUCAUCAUAGGUACACGUCAACUAUGACAGACAAAUUGAGAAAAAAAAAUCCAUAAAAUCACAUUGUAGAAUUUUUAAUGAAUUUAUUUGCAAAUUAUGGUGGAAAAUAAGUAUAUGGUCACCUACAAACAAGCAAGAUUUCUGGCUCUCACAGACCUGUAACUUCUUCUUUAAGAGGCUCCUCUGUCCUCCACUCGUUACCUGUAUUAAUGGCACCUGUUUGAACUUGUUAUCAGUAUAAAAGACACCUGUCCACAACCUCAAACAGUCACACUCCAAACCCCACUAUGGCCAAGACCAAAGAGCUAUCAAAGGACACCAGAAACACAAUUGUAGACCUGCACCAGGCUGGGAAGACUGAAUCUGCAAUAGGUAAGCAGCUUGGUUUGAAGAAAUCAACUGUGGGAGCAAUUAUUAGGAAAUGGAAGACAUACAAGACCACUGAUAAUCUCCCUCGAUCUGGGGCUCCACGCAAGAUCUCACCCCGUGGGGUCAAAAUGAUCACAAGAACGGUGAGCAAAAAUCCCAGAACCACACGGGGGGACCUAGUGAAUGACUUGCAGAGAGCUGGGACCAAAGUAACAAAGCCUACCAUCAGUAACACACUACGCCGCCAGGGACUCAAAUCCUGCAGUGCAAGACGUGUCCCCCUGCUUAAGCCAGUACAUGUCCAGGCCCGUCUGAAGUUUGCUAGAGUGCAUUUGGAUGAUCCAGAAGAGGAUUGGGAGAAUGUCACAUGGUCAAAUGAAACGAAAAUAGAACUUUUUGGUAAAAACUCAACUCGUCGUGUUUGGAGGACAAAGAAUGCUGAGUUGCAUCCAAAGAACACCAUACCUACUGUGAAGCAUGGGGGUGGAAACAUCAUGCUUUGGGGCUGUUUUUCUGCAAAGGGACCAGGACGACUGAUCCGUUUAAAGGAAAGAAUGAAUGGGGCCAUGUAUCGUGAGAUUUUGAGUGAAAACCUCCUUCCAUCAGCAAGGGCAUUGAAGAUGAAACGUGGCUGGGUCUUUCAGCAUGACAAUGAUCCCAAACACACCACCCGGGCAACGAAGGAGUGGCUUUGUAAGAAGCAUUUCAAGGUCCUGGAGUGGCCUAGCCAGUCUCCAGAUCUCAACCCCAUAGAAAAUCUUUGGAGGGAGUUGAAAGUCCGUGUUGCCCAGCGACAGCCCCAAAACAUCACUGCUCUAGAGGAGAUCUGCAUGGAGGAAUGGGCCAAAACACCAGCAACAGUGUGUGAAAACCUUGUGAAGACUUACAGAAAACGUUUGACCUGUGUCAUUUCCAACAAAGUGUAUAGAACAAAGUAUUGAGAAACUUUUGUUAUUGACCAAAUACUUAUUUUCCACCAUAAUUUGCAAAUAAAUUCAUUAAAAAUCCUACAAUGUGAUUUUCUGGAUCUUUUUUUCUCAUUUUGUCUGUCAUAGUUGACGUGUACCUAUGAUGAAAAUUACAGGCCUCUCUCAUCUUUUUAAGUGGGAGAACUUGCACAAUUGGUGGCUGACUAAAUACUUUUUCCCCCCCACUGUACUAUGCUGCUCAUUUACAUAGAUUAAUAUGCUGCAUGAUAUACAAUUAUGAUUUUGAGCAAAUGACAGAAUUCCUGUUUCUUGCUGUAAUAAAUAGGACCCUGAGUUUUUCCGGAUACAUGGCCCGACCAGGAAAAACUAUGGACCCUAGUUAUAAACCAUAUAACCUGUAUCAGUGACUGUUAUGACUAAUACAGUUGUACUUGUAUGCUUUUAGCUUUUAUGCCCUUCUUUGUCCCAUAGUUGUCCAUAAGGAAGGUUUUGUUCUGUUCAUUGCCAGUUCUGUUAUCCACAUUGUGUUAACCUGUCGGCUGUGGCUGGUCAUAAAGAAGUAUUCACUGAUUCCUGAGGCAAGGCAUCGUUCCUUCCCUUCAGCGCUGUACUUGAUCAGGAGAUGUUGAAAGUGCAUGAAAGACAGACAUGUAACGGGAAGUUAGUUGUUCAUUCAACUGAAUGAAAAUUGCAGGUUGUGCUCAUUUGGUGGUAUGAUGCAGUUUCCUGGUGAAGCAGGCAGUAUAGUAUAGUUCCUAUUAGGAGAGGUGCUUUUGGUGAUUUCAUUGUCUCCAACGUCGACAAAGUUGACACUAGAGCCCUCUAGAGGAAAAACCAACUACUGCAGCCUAAUGAAACCGCAUUGUCAAGUGCAGUUCAAAGCUGUGGUAGAUUCUCAAAUGGAUUUUGCUCGACUCCUCGCGUCCUCUCCUCCGUCCUCUCCUCGCCUCCUUUUGAAAAAGGUCAAAGGUAGGGGAGGAAACGUGGAAACAAAUACACUUGAAUGAAAUGAAACUCUCCUUCUCCACUAGCAGGUCAUUUGCAAAUUACAUUUACAGGGAUGGAAUCCUAAAAUAAAUGUAUAGAAAACAUUUAUUUAGCUAGUUGUGUGAGACAUUUUAUAGAUAAAGGGGUAAGUAGUGUAUCAUUUUUAAAUGUUUGUUUCUCCUUUCAGAAAACAACAGCUGAUUCAAGGGUGGGGGGGGGGUGGCAGAUUUCAAAAACACUUCGCACUGCACAUGUGUAUCCUCGACCAUAGGAGGCAAUUGAAGAGAAGAGCAAACUCCUCCGUUCACCUAUUAACGGAUUGACACUCUCCUACACAUGGCAACCGCUUAUCGGUUUCCGGGUCACGGAGGAAAGGAGGACGGAGGUGUUGAAGAGAAGACAGACUUUUGUCCAAUUGAGAAUCUCCCUGCGUCCUUUCCUUUCACUCACACUGAUGCAGACUACUGUCAAUCUAUUGUAUUUACCCAUCAAUCAUUCUAGCUAAAACAAAACAACUACAAUCUUAUUUAUAUAAUCUCUCUUUUUAAGUUUCUUACUAUAUUGUUGAAGGACUUGGACCACUGUUAUUCUGUGUUAGGACUCUAGGAGAAAUACCAGCAUUUUGAUCCCAACCAGAUCAGUGGUAAAGGGUGUUACUGAGGGCCAGUUGAGUCAGACUUGGAAGAAGCUCCUGGCUGUGUUCACACUCUCAGGACCUGGGCCUCUGUCCUGGAGGAACAGAUGUUUCCUGACCAAGUCUGGGGCUGUGACCAACACACCCCUCCACACCACACAUAACUCACUGUGAGUGUAGGCUGUCAUGUUCACCACACGUGCACACACACACACACACACAUUGUAGCAAGCACAAACACAUUUACCCUGCUCGCACUUGGCUUGCACACUUACACUGGCAAAUAUUCAUGGCAUAUAGCAUAUUUUUGCCUAGCCAGAGGACCAGUAUCUUUAGCUAACAUUCCACUCCUUGUCAUUUCCAAAGAGACUUUCCUUUCUGUCGUCUUCAAAUAUGAACCUUCUAUCAUUAAUGAGCUCGAUGAGAACAGAGGAGUUGAUCCUGAUUGAUAACCCUCACAGCUAUCCUCCAAUCACAACAAUUAACCAAAUAUUUGAACUCUUUGUCCAGUCUCAAAAAUUGCUAGCUCACGUCUAAAUUCUCAAACUAAAUACAUACUGCAAUUCCAAACACAAAACCUCUUUGCUUUGAUUUUAAACCUCAAAAUACAAAAACUCACCUAGCUAACAGCUAAAUGUUUUUAAAAAUUCUAAUUAUAUUUUAUUAUUUCCAACAAACAAUGAGCAACUCCGCCAUAAUCCAGCUGCAUUGCCGAAAGGCCACUCUUGGUCGUCACUAGUUACCACAGCCACAAAGUCAUAUUUCUACUAUUCUCUUCUUAAAAUAUGAUUUUAAACCUAACCUUAACCCGUAUCUUAACCACACUGCUAACAUUAUGCCUAACCCUAACCUUGAAUUAAGACCAAAAAGCACAUUUUUGUUUUCGUGAAUUUUUACGAUAUAGUCAAAUUUGACUUUGUGACUGUGGUAACUAGUUGACUCUAUGGCAAUGAAAUGUAGUGGGAAGCAGUGGAAUGUUAGGUAAAAAGACUGGUACUCAUAGGGGCUGCUGGAGAUCGUUUGGAGAUGACACGCGACAUACAGAAGUAUUAGGCUGCCACUAUGUCAUACACUUUUUAUGGGCAAUUGCGGUUGGAUAAUAGUUUGAUAUGGAGCUUGUAAUCGGCAGGUAGCUUAGUGGGUAAGAGCGUUGUGCCAGUAACCGAAAGGUCGCUGGUUCUAAUCCCAGAGCCGACUAGGUGAAAACAUCUGUCAAUGUGCCCUUAAGCAAGGCACUUAACCCAUAAUUGCUGAUGUAAGUCGCUCUGGAUAAGAGCGUCUGCUAAAUGACUAAAAUGUAAUGUAAAUGUAAAUGUUUUUCAUGAUAACCUACUGUGGGCAUUUUGGAUAGGACCAGUAAAUAGAGUGAAUGCUGUUGCUUGAGACACAUACUGCCAGUAUUCUGCAGUAUAAAUAGUAUUUGUGGAAGGAUGUGGCUGAAACUGUUUUUACAGCAGCUGCAAUGUGUUACUGAUGUCUCAUCUCGAGAGUUUCUCAGACGGGCUUAAUUAAGACGGCUCAUUGUGUUCCUCAUCAAGUCAUUCUAGCUAAAUUAAAUGUUUUAAUUAUUCAAGUUAUAAAGUAGGAAAUUACAAUCGCAUAGCGCAAUUACACAGUAGAUAAGUUCACAAGAUAAUUUUUUCAUAUUGCAAUCUUUGCUCUAUCAAAUCGCUCUUUCUUUGUUCACACACAGGACGUGA